AUGUCUUCCUCAAGUGUUUGUCAAGGGUUUCGAUCAUGUCUGGAGCCCUGGCCAGUUGAACCACAAAUUCUAAGGCUCAAAUUGGCUCCACCAGCGUCCCUCUCACUCUCUGAAUCCCAAGAGAAAUCCAGCACGAACGAUGAAAUUUCCACGAGAAUGGACAACAAUGCUGACAAGGGUGGAUGGAGUUUUCUUCUGCCUCUCAAGAAAACUGAGGAUCCUCAAUCUCAAAACGUCUAUGUCCAUCCUGCUGUGAAACACUCCUCCUCCAAGCUCACUGGAAAGAGCUUGGAAAUGUGCACAGAAAGUCUAGGUUGCGAGACUGGUAGUGAUAAUGCCAGUGGAAACUUGGACGAAUUUUCCUUCCUUUCAUCAGAAAAUAGCACCACUUGUUUCUCAAGACAAACCUCAGAACCCUGUAGAAGUUACUCUAUGUCCAGAAGAAUGAAACGUUCAAACAGCUUCCCACCUCCUCUGACUUCUAUUACAGAUUUGGGUGGGGUUCAAGUGAGGUCUCAUCGUGAAGAUGGUAGGCUAAUCUUGGAAGCUGUAACUACCCCUUCUGUUCAGCCUUGUUUUCGAGCACAGCGGAGUAAUGGCAGGCUCACUCUUACCAUGUUUCAGACAUUCCUUUCUGGUGAUGAUGAAGAAGAAAAAUUCCCUGUUAGGAUUUCAGUGGUUAUUUAUGAUUGGAAGAUUGGUGCUUGGAGUCUCAGAAUGUCCUAA